AUGGAAAUCUUGGAUGUCGCAAUUACUUUCGGGAUGCUGUGCAUAAUAGUGUAUCUGAUACUCGUUCGCAAAUUUCUAUACUGGAAGGAGCGUAAUGUACCACAGCUAAAGCCGGAACUGCUAUUCGGUGAUGUGCGAGAGGUGAACAAAAUUUACCACUUGGGAGAAAAGUUUCGUCAGCUGUAUAAUGAGCUGAAAGGAAGACAUCCGUUUGGUGGAAUAUACAUGUUCACCAAGCCAGUUGCGUUAAUCACCGAUCUGGAGCUGUUGAAGUGUGUGUUUGUGAAGGAUUUCCAGUACUUUCACGAUCGGGGUACGUACUACAACGAGAAGCAUGAUCCACUGUCCGCGCAUCUGUUCAAUCUGGAGGGUCAGAAGUGGAAACAUUUACGCAACAAGAUCUCCCCGACGUUCACGUCCGGCAAGAUGAAGAUGAUGUUUCCAGCGAUCGUGGCUGCUGGGAAGCAAUUUAAGGACUUUAUGGAGGACACUAUCCAAGGGCAUGAGGAACUGGAGCUAAAGGAUGUAUUGGCUCGCUAUACGACGGAUGUGAUCGGGGUGUGUGCGUUCGGUAUCGAGUGUAACAGUAUGCGUGAUCCGGACGCAGAGUUCCGUGUGAUGGGAAGAAAGAUCUUUACACGCCCUCGUGGAAAGUUACAGCUGUUGCUCAUGAAUGCUUUUCCUAGUGUGGCUAAAAUGGUGGGCAUAAAGGUAAUCGUUCCUGAAGUGUCGGACUUCUUCAGGAACGUUGUGAGGGACACGAUCAAGUACCGGGUGGAGAACAAUGUGCAGCGCAACGAUUUUAUGGACAUUCUUAUCCGGAUGCGCAGUGAUAAGGAAACGAAAUCGGACGACGGUACGUUGACGUUUAAUGAAAUUGCUGCACAAGCUUUUGUGUUCUUUUUGGCCGGAUUCGAAACGUCUUCAUCAUUGAUGGCAUUUACGCUGUACGAGCUGGCGCUGAAUCAAGAGAUACAAGAAAGAACCCGAAAAUGUGUGAAGGAGGUCCUUGAGCGACAUGGUGGAGAACUGACGUACGAAGCUGCAAUGGAGAUGGAAUAUUUGGAUCGAGUAUUGAAAGAAUGUCUUCGGAAGUAUCCUCCAAUAUCGGUGCAUUUUCGUAUAACGGCUAAGGAUUAUCUAGUACCAGGAACAAACUCCAUCUUAGAAGCUGGAACAUCCGUCAUGAUUCCCGUGCUUGGCUUUCAUCACGAUCCAGAACAUUUCCCCGAUCCGGAACGAUUCGAUCCGGAUCGGUUUACUGCGGAACAGGAAGCUAAACGACACCCGUACGCCUGGACCCCGUUUGGUGAGGGUCCAAGAAUUUGUGUGGGACUACGAUUUGGGUUGAUGCAGACUCGCAUUGGAUUGGUACAUCUUCUCACGGGAUUUCGAUUUUCUUGCUGCUCUAAAACUCCAAUUCCGAUGAAAUUUGACCUUAAGAAUGCUAUUCUAUCACCGAAAGCUGGUAUGUGGUUGAAGAUGGAGAGACUCGCUGAAGUUUAGCAUUAGAUUUCAUCGUAUUGAGUGUGUGCCGAUUGAUAACUCUUUAGAUUCCAUUAGCAUUUUGGGAAUUCUCUAGCGCUGUGGAUAAAACCUUCACUAUGGUGGAAACUGCUCGGUUUCGGUGUCUGUGCGAAUAUCCGCUAGUGUUGCUCACUGUGCAAUAAACCUAU